AAGCUCAGCAAAACUACACCAAUAAAACCAGUGAAAUUCUGUACUCCAGUAAUCAAAUCUCAAGCGAUACGUGGAUCACGAACCAAACUAUUUACAAGAGUUGCGUCUGGUUAUCUCGUAAUGAGAUAUGCCCUAAAUAAAGCUCCAGUUUACCGUGAAGGAUUUCCAGGCCAUGAAAAAUACGUGUCCAUUCCUGAGGAGCGAGCCGUAAGAAUUUCGUCCGAAAGAGUGAGUUUACUAGACUCGAAUGGAAACUUAUGUCUGGGUUACUCCUCAAUACCUCGAACCCUGAAAGAAGGACUGGAAAAGAAACUCGUGGAACUGAAAACAACUGUGAUCUACAAGAAAAACUCGGAGAACGUAUAUAAAACUAUACUGUAUGGCGUUAACAACACAAUUUCACUGGAGGACAUCAAAGAGAAGAACUUCACUGUUGCGAUUCUUGCUCGUUACAAUGUCACCGUCUUAAUAGACACUGACUGUACACAAGUGGAAAAACAAAUCAAUGGAACAAUGAUUGAGAUGUACGAAAUUCAUCCU